AUGUGGGAGGCUAUCCUGCUCCCGACUCUUCAGUAUUUGGUGGAGGUGCAUUGUUUGGGAGCCCCAAGCAGUGCACAAUGCAAUGAUUACGUUGCUCUCCUGGAGACCAACCAAAUCCUGGCAUCCCGUGCCCAGGGCUGGAUACCUCCCCUGGGCAUGAUGGUCAGAAGUGCCCUUAAUUGCUACAUGGAAACAGGUGCUCAUCCCAGUGAAUGUGGCACACUGUGUAUAGAUAUGGAUCUUGCUGUGCCUCCUCCUUUCAUCUUGCCUCUACAAAUUGGAGAAACCAUCAUUCCAGCGCUAGUGGACAUAUGUAGUAUGCGUUACAUCUUGUGUAAUGGAAUGGUGCCCAUAUGUGUCGUUGCGUUUUUGGUCUUGACGUGUCCUAGCGAGGGUAUCCGCCUUGUCUCACGGAUUUCACGGAAUGGCCUUCGCGGUAAUAUCACGUUUGAGCAAAAGGAUUCUAAUGAAGCAGUUGUACUGAACGUGAAUAUAGAAGAUACCGAUGCGUUGACUGACAAGGAUUAUUCAAUCGGCCUGUACGAGAAUCCCGUGGACUAUUCGGUCCGAGAUUACUGUAGAAAUGCCGGAAAGUUGCUCGUGGAUCUCACGAAAUUCAUGAGUGAACCUGGAAAAUUGAAAUCCAAAGAAAUACGAAUAUCCCCGGCAUUGGAACCAGAUAUUAAUAUUAUUGGGCUGAAUGGAACAAUUUGGGGACGCUCCAUUCACGUUCGAUCAAAAAAUGCAGUUGGAUGCGGCAGCAUCCAUGGGGAGGCUCUAGACGGAAGCGAUGUACAAACGAAAACCGUCCGAGCAAGAUUCAUCCAUCCUUUGGGAGGAUCUGUUUGGUUCCGUACCGUGGAAUUUUCAAGUGGACACUCGUUUUCCCUCAUCUAUGCCAACUUGUAUGAUGUAACGCGAGUGGGUUCAACAACCCAACACCAGUGGACAUUGCAUGCAACUGAAGCCAGAUUUGCCUCUGAAGAUGCAUCUGAAGAAAAUUGUCAGAAUCUGCCUGAAAUCUUCGAUCCAACGGACAAUCUAGAACAUUGCAAUUCUGCUGAACCUUCGUCGUGUCCUGUUGGUAUGUUGGAUCUCGCGCAUGGUCUACUCUCGAUUGGAUCUGCUGAUGAUGCUGCGAUUCCUAAGCAAUACGUUAACACUCAACUAGUUGUGCCAUCCCUCAAUAGCCAAGUGCUUUAUUUGAUUGUGAAGGACGCAGAAUUCCAUGAAAACUUUUACGCAUGCGCGAAAUUGAAGCCAUCCUCAGUCCGAAGUGCAACCGCAUCUUUCAGUGCAAACGGUGUCUCCGGUCAGUUGAAGUUUCUUCAAGAAAGUCCCUUCGAACCGACGCAUCUUCAAACUUCUUUGAAUGGCCUGAGUAAAUUAGCAUCUGGAUUCCAUAUUCAUGAGUACCCCGUGCCACCAUUGCUCGAUAAGGACGCUAAAGUUUGUAGUGAAACUGGCGGCCAUUAUAAUCCCUUUGUUGUGGAUCAAUCGAGAUCCCCACCACCAGCCUAUGGCACUCACGAUGAAUACGAACUCGGGGAUCUGAGUGGAAAACACGGAAUUUUACGUGAUCAGGAGUCUGUGGAGGGCUUUGUGUGGGACACGAUGCUUCCACUGUGGGGCCCAUUCUCCAUCAUCGGACGCUCUGUUGUCAUUCAUAAAGAAGUUGCCAACGAGCGUUGGGUUUGCUCUACUCUGUUGGACUCCCGGCGUUUGACGAGAGCUGUUGUCAGAUUUAUGUAUCCCUUGGUGGGUACUGUGGAAUUCAAGCAGGCAGCUGACGAUCCUGAGGCAGAGACAACGGUGUUCAUCGACUCACUGGUGUACAGUGACACUACUGCUUCAGAUACCUCAGAUCACGGCUGGCGCAUUCACGUCAAGCCACCAGCGACAUUUCAAGACUCCAUAAAUUGGCAGAAGCGAUGCAUGUCACCUGAAGGUCAAUUCAAUCCUUUUGGAAUUGACAAGGAAUCUCCGUCUUAUUCGUUGUGCAGUGCCUUGCAUCCCGAGUACUGCGUACUGGGGGAUCUUGUUUCGCGCAUGGGAACGCUGAAAAUAGCUGGUAGUCAGGAAAAACGUUCGGAAACUCGGGUGUUUUUCACUGACACGUUUCUGCCUUUGGCUGGUCGUCGUAGGAUAACGGAUCGAUCAAUCGUGAUUUACGGAGAUGACCAUAUGAAUCGUGGGGAGCGUCUUGCAUGUACAAAGAUCUUGCGUGCAUUUCGCAACAAAGCUGUCGCAUCAAAGUGGAGCACAAAUGAUUUCUUGAAAAAAAUCGUCGGUGGAAGUGUUGAAUUCACCCAGGAGUCACCGUAUGAUCCAACAGUUGUAAGAGUUAGCCUGGGAGGCCUGGACAGACUUGCGAGAGAUUAUUCCAUUCACGAAACCUCGGUUGAGCUUGAAAAUGAGUUUCCUUGUCUCACAACGGGUCCCAGCUGGAAUCCCUUCAAAGUUUCCGGGGUAAAACUCGAAGGUGAAACAACGAUUGAUGAGCGUGAAGUCGGUGAUUUGAGUGGAAAACACGGAGGCUUGAAUGGUUUAUCUACCCUGAGGACGUCGUUCAACGACUCAAGUUUAUCUCUGUUCGGGAGCACGUCGUUGCUUGGAAGAAGCGUCGUUGUUUAUCAACCAAACGAAAAGAUGUGGUCGUGUGCGUCGAUAGUGUUUGGAUAUGAUCCUUCCGAAGCAGAGCAUAGAUCAGCAAUUGCAUCCUUUCAUCAUCCAGGAGGCUUUGUACGCGGUUAUAUUCGCUUUCGACAAGUGCGGUACAAGAACGGCUACGAAAGUGAGACUUACAUCGAAGUCAACUUGCAACACAAUGGUGAUGAUCCGAAUAAGGAAUCGCGUGGACACAAUUGGGCUGUUUUUAAUGCUCGAGUGGGAGCAGAUGCGUCUGUGAAAUAUCAGCCUGCCCGGUGUUCAGCAGCUGGGAAUCGAUGGAGUCCAGUUUUUGUCAGCACCUAUGAUCGUGAGGCGUAUGAUCGGGAUUGUGGCCGGAAUUUGCCACUGCGAUGUGAAGCUGGGGAUAUGUCUGGGAAGCUAGGACCGAUAUCGAUUGGUGGACGCGAUGGUCAUUUCGUUCUCUCGGAUACGCAUUAUCCUUUGUGUGAGGUUGCUCUUGGUAGAGACAAUGGUAUGACAGCCAAGUCGUUGGUUAUCUUUGACGAGGACGGAUCUUCGUUGCGUUAUGCUUGUGCAAAUAUCGAACCCGAUGACGACAUCGUACGCACGGUUGUUGUGCAGAAAACGUCUCGUUUCUCUUUUGCCGAGUUCAUGAAAGAGGUCCGUGCUAUUCUGGGGGCUCCACCAUGGAUGGUGGUGCUGAAUAUGGGCGAAUCAAAAGACUCGCAUUCCGGCGACUGCGUCCAGCUUCUUAUUCAUUUUCUAGGUCCAUUUGCGCAGAGGCUCUCGCAAGAUAUGGCGCACCUUCAAGCCGGGGGUUCCUUGCCGUCGCCGACAAUGUCAAUCCCUGGAUUGCCAAUCCACCCGAAAAGAUCUUUGUCUUUCAAGCCCUGUUCUCAAGCUUUGACGAGAGUGCCGGAAAAUGACGACUUCUUUGAUCAAAGUAAUGUGGGUAACAGUGGGAAACCCGGUUUGUUUGAUGCUGCUCUUGUAAUCGGACUCGUGAUGUUUUCACGCGUGUUGGCGUGAUGCUUUUUUUAUUUUCCCGACCGUUUCGAAGAAAGGGAAAUAAUAUUUUGACUACGUUUUGCACGAUGAAUCUUGCCGAAAUAUGUUACCGGGAAGCUUUUAAGCUGCGUUUGUGAUAGGUUUUGUGACCUCAGUAAGUGCGGAAGACGGUGUUGCUCAUGACUGUGUCUUCUGGACUUGGAAGUUGCAAGCUUCUUAUACUCGUGGAAAUCUCUGGUGAUUGGAGGAAUUUUUGUCCAUUUUUACAAUUCGUAGAAAAUCGUGACAAAAUUAAAUACGCGUCAUAUGAGGGGUCGAACAAAAAUUCUCGCGGUAGAAAUUGAAACGGGAUGUGAUUGAGCUGUAAAAUAUUAUAAAACAUUCUUCGGCACAAGGAAAAAAAAUCAGCCUUUUGCCAUAUUUUUGUUAAUUUUUUUGCAGAAGUAACCCCGGCAGCAGUCCGCUCUUCACUCAAAGUAUGAGGCACCUUUCUCGUAGAUUUGUAUUUGUAGCUCAGCUUCUUCAGAAUUCUUGAAUCGAAAUAACAUUAAUUCAAAGGGUCCUUUCCAAGUCUAACCAAGUAAUUUCCGCCAUUUUCAUUAACUGCUGCCACAUCCUCAUUCCAAGUUGUGGCUGUAGAAAAAAAUGGCGGCUACCCUUGGAAUUAAUGCCGUAUAAAUUUUA